AUGCAACCCCCGAAGACGAUCCUCUUCCUCGGGGCAACCGGCGGCUGUGGCCAAGCUGCCUUGCGUCGAUCGCUGGCUGCCGGCUUCACGUGCAUCGCACUCUGUCGGAACCCAGACAAACUUACGUCUGUACUCUCCCCCGAAAUCCAUCCCAACCUUCAAGUAUUCAAGGGAAACGCGCACGACAUGGAAGCCAUCAAGAAUUGUAUCGUUUCGCCUCAUGACGCAACAUCCUUUGUGGACUUCGUCAUCUCCACCAUUGGUGCCUGGUUUGAGUUGCGAAAAAUGACUCUUGAGGACGUACAUGUAUGUGAGCAUGGCAUGGCUGUUCUUCUCAAUGCCAUCAAGACUCUACGCACCGAAAGAGGAGUUUCUGGACGUCCUCGUGUCAUCGGACAGAGCAGCACUGGCAUAUCCAAGUUUGGCAGAGACACGCCGCUUAUCAUUUACCCCAUAUACAAGGGCCUUCUCUCCACACCACACCAGGAUAAGCGCGCGUUGGAGGAGCUUCUCUUCAACUCCGGAGAAGAAUGGACAGUUCUCCGAGCUAGUUUUCUCACCAACGGAAACGAAACUUCUGGUGUUGCAAUCAAGGUCGGUGUCGAAGAUCCUGUCAGUGGCGUGAAGAGCCUAGCCAUAGGAUAUACAAUUUGCCGAGAGGACGUGGGCAGAUGGAUGUUCGAUAAUAUCUUGAAUUGCAACAACGACAAGUAUGUUCGCAAAGUGGCGACUAUCACAUACUGA